GGAUAUUUAUCUUAACAGAAACGGUGUAAUCAAGCAUGUUAUAAGCUAGCAUAAUUUAUCCUUUGAAUAUCCAUAGAACAAUACAUUCUCAGCUCCACUCACUUUGCCACCUAUAUUUUUUUUACACGUUUGUACCCGGAAAUGACCAACUUUGCACUCGUUGUAGCAGCCACAGAAGAACUCGGCAUUGGCCUAUUAAGUGGACUCCCAUGGCGAAUCCCACGCGACAUGGCCUUUUUCAAACACGUUACAACCCAUGUUCCUGAAGGCUUAUCCGCAAAAAAGAAUGCCGUCAUUAUGGGUCGAGUCACUUGGGAGUCGAUUCCACCUAAAUUCCGGCCUUUGUCCGAUCGAUUCAACAUUAUCGUUUCACGCAAUCCGAGCUAUGACAUGCAACUAACAGACGCAGAAGAUCGAUCCACCGUAUUAGUGAGUAAUAUGGAAGACGCGUUUGUUGAAGCCGAAAAACAAAGCGCCGGACGCGUUUUCGUGAUUGGCGGUGCACAAAUCUACAAGAUCGCUAUCAAGCAUGCCAAAUGUACGCAUAUUGUUUUAACGCGUGUACGUUCCAAGGUCGAUUGCGAUACGUUCUUUCCAGAAAUAAGUGACGAGGAGUUUCGGUUGGCUACUCAUGAGGAACUGGAGGCGUAUGUGGAUCAGCCUGUACCAAAGGGUGUGCAAACACACAAAGAUUUACAAUAUGAAUUUACAAUGUAUGUUCGUAAAAAGUACAUGUAAAAAAUCAAAUAAUAAAGAAAGUGUAGUACUUAUAUCAGGA